AUAAGUUGGCGACUCCCCGGUUGAGAAACACUGAUUUAUCGGAUACACCACGCAAUAAUUAUUAUACUUUCAUUCUAGUGGAUAUUCCACACCAUUAUACAUUUAUACUUACUCUAAUUUUCGCUUGAUUAAGUUAUUGUGUCAACAAUGAUUAACUAAAAACCCAUAUGUCGAUAAACAUGAGUGGAUAUCAAAAUAUAUGAAAUGCGGUUUAUCGGAUACACCAUACAAUAAUUAUUAUACUCUCAUUCAUUCUACCAGUUAUCCACUGACUAUUGGCGCGUGCGUAAUGUACGUAUAUACUAGGCACUCUUUAUUUAUUGUAUUGAACGGGUGAUGACUUUUUACAUUUUUGUUACAAUAUACGCAUUUUCAAAUAAACUAUUUUCAACAUAAAAUAAUACAGAAUAAUGAAACUACAAUACUUUACGUGAAUGGGGGUUCGCAUUGGCAUUUAACAUAAUACGCCCCAUUGGUUCAUUGGAUAAAUAUUGUUGGCGAUGGUGCAAGUUGGAAUAAAAAAUUGAGCGUGUGAUCUCUGAGCGUGUGUCUUUGAGCCUCGAGGAACUUAAAAAUUGAAUAGAGAUCAUAAGCCUGCAGACGUAACGGUAAUAAUAUAAUAAUAUGAGCGGCGCAGCAGUGGAAAUCGGGAACAACAGGUGUAGUGACAGCGACGGGACGACCGUGCGGGUACGCGUGAUCGCACCGUCGUCCAUGGGCAAACCGUCGAACCUAGAGGUGUUCAGGAGGUUCUUGCGGGACGCGGGCAUUACGGCGCGCGUCGAUGACUCGAUUUACCGGGCCGGCGCCGACCCGUUCUACGCGAACACCGACCAGUUCCGGGCGGCCGACCUGGUGGACGCGCUGACGGACAGCUGCACGGUGGUGUGGUGCGCGCGCGGCGGCAAAGGCGCGUCCCGUAUGAUACCGUACCUGGAGGCGUUGCCAGCGGACCGGAAGCAGAGGAUCAGGGACGCCCGGAAAACGCUUGUCGGUUACAGCGACGCGACGGCGCUGCACGUGUACCUGCAGACGGUGUACGGGUGGCAGACGGUGCACGGCACAAUGUUGGAAAUGAUCGCCGAUGGCACGGUGGACAGGCGGUCGGUGGACGCACUGGUGGCCCUGGUGACCGGCCGAUCGGACCGGGUCCGGUACGAACUGCGGCUGGUCGACGCCGGCGGCCCACGGGACGAGCGGCUGUCGCUGCGGUCCAAGGUAGCAGGCGGCAACCUGACGCUAGUCGAGAACUCGCUGGGCACGUCGUGCUGCUUCCGGGGUGUCGGUAAGAUCGUGUUCUUGGAGGACGUGCGCGUCCAACCGUACGCGUUGGAACGAAGCCUCGAUCACAUGAAGCUGGCCGGCGUGUUCGACGGCGCCACGGCCGUCGUGUUCGGUUCGUUCAGUGUGGAGGAGCAGCCCGCGGGUAACUGUAACGGCGUACCGUCGUCGGACGACCACCUGAUGGCCCUGGUGUUUCGGCGGUUCGCGGCCACCGUACUGUUUCCCGUGUUCCGCGUCGAUGGCAUCGGUCACAGUUUCGUCAACAACCCGCUGCCGCUGAACACCGAGGCCACAGUGGUGGGACCGACGCGGCUUGACGACGCCACCGAAACAUCGAUUUACACUUUGACCGUCGACAACGUCUACAAUACGGGCGCGCAGAGCUGUAUUCGACCUGCACCUGUACCGCUUGACCAAGCAGCUUAGUCUGCAGGUGUAGGCCCGGUGUAGCUGUCGCAGGCGUUCGCUGCGUCACGAGGCAUGCUAUGUACCUAAUACUAUAGCCCGAUGGAUACAUGGUCCUUACUUUUUUUUCAAACAAUUAUAAUAUUGUAAAAUUAUUCUAUACAGAUACCUAAAUUAAAAAUUUUGUAAAAAAAAAUUGCCUCCGAAAUAAAUACUGAAGAGUUUAUAUAGGUACCUACUAUGGUUAUCUAGUUCAAAACCCAUGUGCUGCGUGAUUAAAACAAUUUUGGGCCCAUAAACAUAAUCAAAAUAUUGGUUACCCACACAUACCUAAAUAUAUUUCAGAAAAAAAAAAUGUUUACUAUAUAUUAUGUAUAUUAUAUUUGAUCAUUUAAAUACUUUUUUUAUAAAUUGUAUGUGUUUGAACAAUGAAUUUAAUAUACGUAAUAAAUUAUUCAUAUUAUUGUA